CUACGAGGGCUACCGAGUUUAUGCGUCCUGCGGGCUAAUAUUUUUAGGUUUCUUGCGGUCAUUGUAUUCUAAAGAAAAGACUACAUUUUGUAAAUUAAACUGUACUAGUAAUACGUACCCGUACCAAGUGUUAAUUUUGUGCAAAAGUGUUGAUAAUUACUAAUGCAAUUUUUGAUCACUUUGGCUCCCAUCAGUACGUAAUGAAUUCAUGAAAAUUGAAAUCUUAAUAUCAUAAUUAUUCUUACUAUACCAUAACACUCAUUACUCAUAACAAAUGUACCGGUACAGUUAAUGUGCGUUCUGAGAAUUUGCUAUAUGAAUUUGAUUUUGACGUCUGAAAUUAUGGUUAUUGUGGCAUAUGAAUCUCAAGAUUCAUUCGGCAUGCAGACGUAACAAACAUCGGAACUAUGUAAAUAAACAUGAACGAUAUAGAUAUUAAGAUAGUUGAUACUCCAAAAGAGCCGUUGUUAGGUGCUGAAGAGUCACCUAUAACUGAGGGUUCUGAGAACGAUGUUGACCCUUUAUGUAUUGAUGAUCAAAUGAGCCCCGCAAAAGAAUCUGAUGUAGCCGCUGAUGUGAAUUCGAAUCAAGAGAGUAAACUUGGAAACUGUCAUGAUAAUGCCAAAGAAAAGAUAUCACAAGAGAAUGAAAAUUAUGAAGUUGAACAAAAACAUUUUGAGGAGACAAACGAUAUAAGUAAAGAUGCAAAUGAUACAAACAGUAUUGUGGAAACACAUGUCAAACACCCAGAGCUAGUUCAAAAUGUUAUCUCAGAUGAAGUAAAAAUGAGUGUUGGCAAAGUGGAAGAAGAUAAUAAGCCAGAACCUCUCAUAUCUGUGCAAGAAAAAGAUAAUAUUGAUGCUGUUGUUGAGAAACAAGAACCUAAAGUUGAUAUUGAAAUGGUUGAUGUGGGUCCUGUUGAUAAAAUUGAAAAGGGAGUAAAGAAACCUCCAUUAAAUGGCGAUGUGACAAAGGAAGAGCCAGCCAUCAAAAGAAGGGCAAGUGAGGAUGUGGAAACAGAAAGUCCAUUAAAAAAGUUAUGCCAAGAAGUUGAAAAAACAUUCCCCCAACAUGAUUUUAUGGUUAAUGAUUACAUACAAACUGCAACAAAAAAUAGUGUAGAUGAAAUACAAAGGCAUACUGAGCAGUUGCUCUCAGAGAUACAAACAUUAAGAGAAUUGGCACAGAAGAAAGAACAUGAAUGGAACAAUAUUUUGCACCUCAAGAAAGUAAAAGAAGAAAUACUCUUGCGACUUUUAAGACGAAAGCAGGUGUUGUCAUUCGAAAAAGCUCCUGAUGUAAAUGGUGCAGAACGAACUGAUCCAUUUGAUUAUUUAAAUCAAGCCAAAAACUUAGCAAUAGACAAAAGUGAUGAAAUAUCUGGGCUAGCAUUGAAACAGCCAGGUUCCGUUGGAGUUAACCCAAUGAUGCAGCCAAUAAUGCCAGUAACAUCACAUUUCAACCCUAUGUCUGGCUUGCCACCUCCAUAUGACAAAGCUGCACAUAUGCAGUCAAUGGGUAAGCCAAUGUUUCCUCAAGGUUUAAUGAUGCCAGGGCCAAUGCCUGGUUUUCCAAGAGAUAUGAAUGGUCAAUUGCCAUCUGGCUUUGGUUUGCCUAUGGGUCGUCAAGGUCCGACAAAAGAUGUGAAGUCUAUAAUAGCAGAUUACAGACAAAGAAACCCAGAUAUAAUUCCACGCCGUGGGAGACGCAUGAAGCCCAUGGUUAAUCCUAACAUUAUGAAUCCAAGACCAAUUGCUCCAAAGAUGGAUGGUGUUAAUAGCUUAGGGAACCUUAAUAUGUUAUUCAAUAAUUUGGAUAUGAAUCAAAAAGCUAUGCUGGAACGGUUACAACAAAUGCAAGCAGGCAGCAUGCCAAAUGGUAUGUCAUUCAAAGAUGUACUUGUACAGUUUGCCAACAUGCAGCAACCAGGACCCAAUAUGAUGCCCAGCAGAUCAAUGGACCCAAUGCAGAGCAGACCUGAGCAUAUAAGGCCUGAAAACAGGCGAAGACCUGAGAGGAAUGAAGAACACAUGACAAUGAAGCAGGAACGAAUGGCUUCUAGUCCAAGGCUUCCACCACCACCUCCAUAUCCAGAAAUAUCGUUGCUGCCUGUUACAACAAGUCAGGAAACUAAUCAUACACAGAAUUCACUACUGCAUGGAAUCUUAACCAAGCAGGCGUCCCCUGCAUCUCAGUGUUACUCGCCGACGUUGGCUAAACUGCUUACGUCGCCGGACGGGAAACAGAGUGCGCCCCUCUCGUCAAUCGGUCAGGCCAAGAACUGCGGCGAGAUCACGAUAACGCCGGUACAGCCUACGCCUCCGCCCGCCGAGUCACAGCCACCGGAGAAGGCUGAAGUUGUCCAGCUGGAUGACGAGGAAAGUCCUGCGUCGGAAGGCGAAGCGGUGGGCAGCGGGGGGUCGGGCGACUCACCCGCGGGCGGGGGGCGCCUCGUGAUCGACGAGGGCGCCGACGACACGCCGCUGUGUCAGGGCUGUCGCGCGCGGGACGCGCAGUUCGUGUGCGCGGGCUGCGCCAACCAGUGGUACUGCAGCCGCGAGUGUCAGGUAGCUGCGUGGGACGAACACUCGGACAUGUGUUCUGGCUGAAAUCAACUUCAACGCUGUCACAAUAAGGUGUAGAUUAGUCUGUAAGAAUGCGUAUAUGUAGUACAUUGCCUUAUUUACUUACGAGUAUGGUUUGAUAUAGGCGAAUCUCUGAAGUAACGUUGUUCCUUGCGUUCUAUGCCUAGGUUAAGUGCUAGCUCCAAGUCAGUAUAGUGGAUAUUAAAGCUUAUACAAAGACAUUUUGAUGUAAGAUACUUGUUUUGGAUCUGAGUCACCAGAUGUCGCUACUGGUAAGAUACUUGAGUGUAGAAAUAAAAAUAUUUUUUUUUGUGCUGAACUAAGCCAAUAUUUCUAUUAUUAAUGCCAGCAAUUUAAUGGGACGACGAUAAAUGGUAAAUUUUAUAAUUUUGUAUUAAAAUUAGCAUUACUGGUUUUUCUCAUACAGAAUAUAAAAUGGCCUUCAUUUUGUUUUUUUUUACACCGAUUGCGUGCGAUUGUUCUAAUUGAUACUCAAAUUCACGUGUAGAGGUUCUAGAUAUGAAAAAAGGCGAUUCUAUAGCCAAAUUCCGUAAGAUGGUUCAGCUAUUGCAGAGCUUAGACAAAAACUGGUCUGGUGUAAGUACCAUUGAAUUACUUAAGUAUUCAAAAUCGGUUAUUUAUGUAUUUGUUGCGCCACCAGUUAUUAAAUGACACCAAACUUAAUAUAUGAUUAUAUCUGUAAUUUAGUUUUCGCUCUAAAUAUGGCACCUAAAAUUACCUCAAAUACAUUCAGUAUCUUACGAAUCGCGAUGUCUGCUGAGCUAGCGAGACAGUUAAGCGAAAAUCAUUCAGUAUUUUUAAAGGUUUUGUUACAGUUACAGUAUUUUGUUAAAGUUAUUUUUAACACGGCGUGGUCAUGUCAUACGAAUAGUUUUCGGCUGAUUUCGGAGUCCCAACUACUCCCUUUGUGAGCUUGCAGUGAAUCAUGUCUUGUACUAUUUUGUUUUAGUAAACAGUUCCGCAAUAACGAUUCGAUAAUGACUGUUGCGGUAACCGAAUAGUCUUACGGCCGCCUCCAAACUCCUGAAGAUUAUUUAGAAUUCAGAUUUUUAUUUCAAUGUAGAUAUUCUUUUUAUUUAUGUUAAUAAGGGACGAGACGAGCAGGACGUUCAGCUGAUGGUGAUUGAUACGUCCUGCCCAUUACAAUGCAGUGCCGCUCAGGAUUCUUGAAAAGCCCUUAAAUUCUGAGCGGCACGACAAUUGCGCUCGUCACCUUGAGACAUAAGAUGUUAAGUCUCGUUUGCCCAGUAAUUUCACUAGCUACGGCGCCCUUCAGACCGAAACACUGCUUCACGGCAAAAAUAGGCGCCGUUGUGGUACCUUUAAUCUAGCCGGCAUCCUGUGUAAAGGAGCCUCCCACUGACUCCCUCCCACAUUCUGAAUGUGAAUUUCAAUGCGAGUAUUAAUUUUUAAAUCUACGUGUAGAACACCCUUAUCUGUCACAUUGAUACAUUUUCAAGUCUAAAAAAACUAAUACGACAUCUCAUAAAUGGAUUGAAAAUACAUUAAGUAUAAUAUAUAUAUAGUAAAUAAAUAGACUAAGAGCGGCUGCAAAUGUUUAGCCAAAUUAUUUGUUCCAGACUUUCGCGUAUAUCAUUAAUAUUGCUAUGGGCAUACAUUGCUAAGAGCAAUAAUUGCUGCACACAUUCAAGAGAAGCCGAGAUCUUCGAUAAUUUAUACGUCUACUGCUAGCUAGACAACCGAUGAAAACAGGCUAGGUUUAUUACCUUAGUGUGCGUGUACACUCGCCCUUUGUAUGUCACUAUAUGUGAGUGGGCGUGAAUUGCUCAUAAACGGGGCUAACUGUCAACCUCAAUCUUUUUUCCACGUUUUCACAGCUGUCACAGAAUAUCUUGACGUAUUUAAUAUCAUAAUAUAAUCAAGUUAUUUUGUUACAUUAACAAUGAGAACUCUAUGAAACUCAGCUGUAAUUUGACUGGUGUGGCCACGCCUUAAUGUCAUUAUCAAUAAUUGCAUUAUAUUGAUUUUAAAUCAUAAUAAUAUAAGAGUCGAUGAAUCAAUAGUUAUUAAUUAUGUUUAAUUGAACAUUUUCUCAUGAAAUUCGAGUGGUUCGUGAUUUUUGUCAUAAUAAAUUUGUUUAGUUAAAUUUUUAUAUACAACUAUUUAUUUAAGAUUAUCCGCGUGCGUAAAAUAGAUUUAAAUUUUUAGAGUCCCGAAGGAAUCAAUUUAGGCGUCUAAUGUUUUAUAAUGCAAAAAGGAUCAGAAUUAAUUUAGUCACAAGCGGAACUUGUGACGCCAUUUUGACAAACAUUACACACACGUGACAGUUUAUUGACUGCAUUGUUAGAAAAAUGAAUUUAAUUAAUGAACUUAAUCUUGCGGGAUUACAAUGAUAGCAAUAAUUAUAAAAUAAUUUCAAAUAAAUUAUUUUACAUUGUAUCUUUGGAGUUACUUAAAAUGUAUGUUUUUUUUUUCAUUGAAGUAUCUUUUCUCGAUGGUAUUCAAACAGCCCACUUAUUGUUAACCCUCUGUGGUUGUCAUGUUAUAUAGGAAUACAAGAGUCGUAGGAACAAUUUAACAAAAAAAUAUAUUCUUAUAUAAAAUGUCCCUCUCAAUUAAUAUUUAGGUUGUGGCAUUUAUAAGGGACUAAAGCGUCUUACACAUUACUAGAAUUUUCUUUGAUUCACGCGAGUGUGACAAAUUUAAAUAAAACGCGUUUAAAAGGUUUAAAACGCGUGUAAUUAUUGUAACUUUGUUUUUACAUUAGAUUUUUGCGUAAAAGUUACAUUUUUAUUAUAUAACUACCUAUCACAAAUACUAUCUUGACUCACUACAUCUGCACUCCCCCUGAAAACAAGAUCUGGAAAGGUCUUGAAACGUCGGACGAACUAAAAUAAUAAUAAAAAUGUAACUUUUACACAAAAAUCUAAUCUACAAUUACAAUAAUCUUAAUCUACUACUACUAGAACUUAUUUUUUUGUAAUAAUUUUUUUAUGGGCAACAAAAUGGUUGUGCAUUUCUUCAACUAACGGAAAGUUAUAGAAAUAAAAAAACCUAGUUUUUUUUUUACUAUUGAUCAAUUCAAAAGUUUUGUUUUUGUUAUGAGAUUAUAAAAUCACACCUUGCUUGUAUGACUCUCGUUAAGUAUGGUUCCUCAACUAUCCGAUACAUAGAAAUUUAAGUAUUACAUACUGAAAUAGUGUUUAGUUUUCUCACAGAAAUAACUUCACCAAAUAUUUUGUGCCUUUCAAUUAAACGUAAGUGAGUUAUGUUAAGAUACAGAACAGUGAUUGUACAAUAUGACACGUGGACAACUGCGGUAUUCGUUUAA